AUGAGCUUAUUUAGAUCAGAAUAGAUGGAAUUCUAUAAUUUAGUGAUUCCUCGAGAGUCGGCAUGGGAUGUAAUGAACACAUUAGGAUAUUUUGAUAGCGUUCACCUAAUUGAUUAUGAUCCAACAUUACCUUAAAUAAAUAGGCCAUUUUCAAAUUAUGUGAAGAGGUAUUACAUUUAGAGAUUAAAGAUGUGAUGAUGUACUAUAGAAGAUAGAGUUGAUAGAUGGAGAGAUGAGGAAUUAUAAGAUUGAGAAGAUUUAUUGUCCAAAUAUAAAAGAUUUAUUAGAGAAGAGAAAUGGAGGUCAUAAAUAAUUUGAAGAAUUAGAAUAGGAUGUAUGUAAAGUAGCAGAUGAUUUGGAACAUCAAUAAUAAACAUUGAAUAAUUUAUAAGAGAAGAAAAAUAUAAUAAGAGAGAAUUUAGAAGUGUUAAGAAAUGCAGUAGCAUUUUAGAAUGAGGAUUCAGAAGAAGCAAGUUUAUUAGGAUUUUAGAAGAUGGUAGGAGUUAUAUUGAAAGAAGAUGAAUUGAGAUUUAAAAGAAUAAUAUUUAGAAUAACAAAGGGUAAUAUUCAUGUAGAGAUUAUGGAUAUAUAAGAACAUUUUAUAUAAUAAGAUAAAAGGAUUGUAUAGAAAUGUGUAUUUAUGUUAUUUUAUCCUUGUGGAGAUUUAACUUAGAAGAAGAUUUAAAGAGUUAUUGAAUCAUUUUCAUGUAAUAAAUUUGAUAUUCCAACAUCUCAGGAAUAACAUACAUAAAGAAUAACAUCAUUAGAGAAUUAAUUAAAUGAAGCAGAUCAAUUAGUGCAAUGGACUAUAACAUAAAUAAAUUAGAGAUUAAGGAGUUUAGCAGAAGUUAAAUAUAAUUGUUCAUGGAUUGAAGAAAUGAGAAUUUUAGUAACUAAAGAACAAUAUUUGUACAUGAAUUUAAAUAGGUUAAAUAUGACAAACUCUGUAUUUCAUGGAUAAAUAUGGUUACCUUAAGGUUAGGAUUAAAAAAUAUAAUAAGCUUUAAGAGAUUUACAUGGUAAUGAUAAAUAAUUACCUAGUGGUUAAAUAUAGGAAUGUUAAACUUAAUUAACUCCUCCUACUUAUUAUAAAUUAAAUACGUUUACAUAUCCAUUUUAAGAAAUUGUUAAUACUUAUGGAAUUCCUAGAUACAAAGAAAUUAAUCCAGGAUUAUCAACUAUAAUAACAUUCCCAUUCUUAGUAGGUGUUAUGUUUGGUGAUGUUGGUCAUGGGUAUAAUUUAUUAAUUUAUUAAGAGUUUGUUAUUAUUUGUUUGUGGAUUGUAUUUGACGAGUGAAGAUGCAAAGAAGUCAAUUUUUGCAGGAUUAGUGCCUGUGAGAUAUAUGAUUUUACUUAUUGGAUUCUUUGCUGCAUAUAAUGGACUCAUUUAUAAUGAUUUUCUUUCUAUUGGUUUAAAUUUAUUUGGUAGUUGUUAUUAAUUGAUUGAUGGAGAAUAUGAAUUAUAAGAAGAUUGUGUAUAUAAGUUUGGUAUUGAUCCAGCAUGGGGAUCUUCUGCAAAUUAAUUAACAUUUAUGAAUUCAUUUAAAAUGAAAUUAGCUGUUAUUAUUGGAGUCACUCACAUGACAUUUGGUAUUAUUUUAAAAGGAUUUAAUACAUUGCAUUUCAAUAAUUAUAUUGAUUUCUUUUGUGAAUUCAUUCCAUAAUCUCUUUUGUUGAUUUGUAGUUUUGGUUAUAUGGAUUUCUUAUUAUUUUUGAAAUGGACUACUAAAUAUGAAAAUACUAAUGAUGCUCCAAGUGUUAUUACAACAAUGAUAGAUAUGGUACUUAAACCCUUUGAUAUCCCUGAUAAACCUCUUUUUGAAUCAGGUGAGUAAUAAAGAUUUAUUCAACUUUUAUUAUUGUCUAUCAUAGUACUCUGUGUACCAGUCAUGCUUAUAACUAAACCAUUAAUUUUUAGUUUAAGCAAAAAGAAUAUUUCAUAUCAAUAAUUAGCAUCUUAAGUACCUGAUGAUAACAUUAUUCAUGAAUAAUUAUAACAUGAUAUGUAAAAGGAUUUAUCAUAACCACAGAGCAGAGUAUCUAUUUAAUAACACCAUGAACAUGAUGAUAUCAGUGAAUUGGUUGUUCAUCAAUGUAUUAAUAUUAUUCAUUAUCUAUAGCCAUUGAAACAAUAGAAUUUGUAUUAGGAAGUGUUAGUAAUACUGCAUCUUAUUUAAGAUUAUGGGCAUUAUCUUUAGCUCAUUCAUAAUUAGCUGAAGUCUUCUUUUCCAUGACUAUAGCAGGUCAUAUUGGUUAAGGAGGAUUCUUUGGAACAAUUGGAGUAUAUUGAUCAUUGUUAUAUUUUAGUCUAUUGUAUAAUAUCCUGGUUUUGCUUUAGCAACUUUAGGAGUGUUGAUGUGCAUGGAUCUUAUGGAAUGUUUCUUACAUGCCCUUCGAUUACAAUGGUAUUUCAAUUAUUCAUUAUCUAGGGUUGAAUUCUAGAGCAAAUUCUAUAAAGCUGAUGGAUACCUGUUUAAAGCUUAUUCAUUCAAAAAUAUCAAAAAUAAUGAACCAGAAGAUUGA